AUUUAAAUUUCCAGUACCAUUGCCCGACACGCACACAAUACGCCGCACCACCCAAUGAGCGUAAUUCAAUUUCCCCCCCACCAAAAUUGUUGGAACAUCAGCCGGUUUAGUUUGAAUUUCGCGCCAAUUGCACUCGAACCGGUUAACAGUCGGCCCAGCCGCUUAAAAAACGUGUCAUCGCUAGCGAAGUAAACACAUUGUGCAACACUGGUUGCGCCUAUCGCACGCGAAGAAGGGGAGGAGAAGUAGAGGAGAAAAACAAAAUUGUGAAAAGUGUAAAGUUCGGGCAAAAUCAAAGGAAAAGUCUGGCUACGAAGCAACCGAUCGCUAACCCAACGAAUUCGGGACACGAGAAAGACGAAAAAAAAAUAGCGAAAAACAAUACCACCUGGCCAGCCUGCCUUUUACCUCUACCUUUACCUUUCAAUUUAAUAUUUUCCUACACACACACACACACACUGACACACAGACCCCCACACACUCGCAAAAGCCCUCACACAGCUGCGCAUUCACUGUGAGAUUCUUUUUUUGCGAAAUCGAAAAAUCCAAGACGAAGGCCACAAAACUCAACAGCAGCGCAAACAAACGCUCCAAAUGCGUGGACCCAGAUAUUGAAAAGUGAUUGGAAUUCCAAACGAGUUGGAAAUAGUGCAGAGUCACGCGGAAUCAGCAAAAGAUUGGAUUUGCUCGCCAUAUCCGGAGGAGGACGAACAGGUGCAGGAACAGGAGGCGGAGGAGCCAGGAACCCGAGGCGCAGGAGCAGGAGCAGGAGCCGAGAACAGCACCCAGAACCUGGUGAAGCCAUAGCCAAAUAGCCAUGUCCAUGCGGACGAAGGUGCUCGGGCUGGUGGACGUGAUGAUGCGCGUGCCACCGGUGAUGGUCAUCGAUGAAAUUCUCAAGAUUGGCAUGGGUCUGCCCACACGCCUCUACCCGGAUAAGUCCAUUCCAUCUGACAGUGCCACCGCCUCGUCCGAAUCCCUGCCAACGGAAAGUCCAUCCCUCAGCUCUGUCGACACCAGCCAGGACGCCUUCGCCACAAUCAAGGCCUUCUUUGGCCUGGGCGAGGCAGCUGACCAGGUCACAGCGGCUGGCGGUGUGGCACAAGCCGCCCUGGAGCAGUCCAUAGAGAAUGCCUCCCGAAACGCGCAGUCACAUGGAAUGCUCAGCUCAGGAUUCAACAACCUGAUGGAUGAGCUGGCACACGACGAGACGCUCUCCGCCAUGCUCAGCAUCACAACGGUCAAGUUCGUCAUCUGCCUGUUCGGUUUCCUUUCCGCCGCUUGCAUCUUCAUGCUGUGGACCCGUCACCUGGUAAUGGUCUACAUGUUCCUCACCUCGCUCGGCCUGACCUUCCUCUCCUACUGGUCCAACGUGAGCGCUCUGGCCCUGAUGGAGAAGAGUCCCUGCAUUUUAGAAGAUCUCAUAUCGCUCAAUACGACGCGACUGUUAGACUCUGGAGGGGUGGUCAUGUCGCUGGCGCCUCAUCUUGUGGCCCAGUGGUUUAUGGGAAUGCUGUUUGCCUACAUUCACCUGGGCCCCAGAUUCGAGAUGCUCCAGAAGUCCAUGCCAAUCAUAUUUGCUAGUCCCAUUAUGGUAGCGAUGCUGCCACUGUCGCCGAAAGUAAUCCAACACCUGCCGGUGGUGGCCGGCUUUACGCCCAUUAUCCUCACCAAGAUCACCCUGAUGCACAGUGCCAUGGAGGCCAGUCGCACCGUUUACAAUGGGUAUCAGUAUGCGAUGAACUUUGUGUCCAACUUCGGCCUCUCCGCUCUCAUCGAAAACGAAUGGCAACGCUUAAAUGUACCCAACGUCCUGAGGGUAUUCUGGACAAUUAGGAUAAUUCAAGGCGGCUAUGCUUUGGUCACCGCGGAGUCGGAACAACCAUUGGAGUUUAUGGCAGCGACUGAGAAGCUUUUAGUCGACGGCUGCGAGACUCUGACCGCAGUCCUGGGAAUGACAGGUGUCAUCUCGAUGAUAUGCCACUAUAUUGGACGGGGCUUUCAAUGGUAUCUACUCACCUACGACACCGAUGAGGAGAAAUCAUUGGGCACAGUGUCUGCGGUACUCUUCUACAUCCUCGCUCUGCAAACUGGACUUACCUCGCUGUCGCCGGAUAAGCGGUUCGUGCGCCUAUGCCGCAAUCUGUGCUUGCUGAUGACCGCCCUGCUGCACUUCCUGCAUAACAUUGUCUCACCCAUUCUGAUGUCUCUGAGUGCAGCUCGGAAUCCCUCCCGAAAGCGUCAUGUCCGUGCCCUCUCUGUGUGCGCUUUUCUCGUGGUGAUGCCCUUGUCCCUGCUGUACUACCUCUGGACCCAGAGAUCCAUUUCCACCUGGUUGCUGGCGGUUACCGCAUUCUCUGUUGAAGUAAUCGUGAAGGUGCUUGUAUCGCUAGCUACUUACACGCUCUUCCUGCUGGAUGCUCGCCGCCAGUUCUUCUGGGAGAAACUUGACGAUUACCUUUACUAUGUGCGGGCUUUCGGCAACUCGGUGGAAUUCUGCUUUGGCAUCCUACUGUUUAUUAACGGCGCUUGGAUACUGAUCUUCGAGUCGGCCCAAAAUGCUACAGGCGGCGCCAUCAGAGCGAUCAUGAUGUGCAUCCAUGCCUACUUUAACAUAUGGUGCGAGGCCAGAGCAGGUUGGUCGGUCUUCAUGAAGCGGCGAUCGGCGGUCCACAAGAUCUCGGCCCUGCCGGAGGCAACUCCAGCUCAGUUGCAAGCCUUCGAUGAUGUUUGCGCCAUUUGCUACCAGGAAAUGUACUCUGCUAAGAUUACAAGAUGCCGCCACUUCUUCCAUGGCGUGUGCCUGCGCAAAUGGCUGUAUGUGCAGGACCGCUGCCCCCUGUGCCACGAGAUUAUGAUGUAUACGGACAAGGCGGAGGAAAGUACACCGGAAGCGGAACCAGCACCUGCGGCUCAAGCUGAACAGCCUCUUCGUAUUUAUCCCAGAGACGAUGGAAAUAAUGCCGGAGCUCCUCGUCGGUCACCUGAACGAGUACUUGGGGAUGCGCCAGAAGCUGCCAACACCUCGAGCGCCGCAGUGGCGGGCGGAGCCGAUGCAGCCACUUCUAAUGUGGUGGAGCAGCCACAGGCUGUCUCGGAAACAUGGCCACUGGCGGCCUCGGGAGGAACGAGCAAUGUCAGUGCCAGCACCAGCAGUUCCAGCUACAUCACGGCAUCCACCCAGCCACCUCCACCAACGGCUACUUCAGCUGCUGCGGUCGCCACGGCGGCGGCCAGCAAUACGACGCACAUGUUCCGGAUGUCGCAGGACCAGCAGUGAGCAGCUGGAAGAUGCAAUCCGCGUACCUUCUAUAUUUUCUUUAUCUUAUCACUUGGAUAUGUUCUGUGUGUUAGUGUACUUAUGUAAAAAUGCGAAUUCUUUUUAGCAACAAGGGUUUCUCUAUUCCUCUAAA